UCACAGACAGGAAGUGAGUGGUGGGAAGGAGGAGAAGUAGAGAAGUGACCAGUGUUCACUGAAGGGAGCGGUAACAUCUAAAGUUACAUAAACUCUCACUGACUGCCCAAAAGAUAAGCUGGUCUGUCUGAAGUGGGAGGGCUCCGCAGGACGGGAAAGAAGCCAAAGUCCUUCCCAGAGCCAUUCUCGGAACUCCCGGAUCAUGGAGCGCGCUCCCUGCUUGUUGCCGAGGCUGCUGCUGCAGCUGCUGCUGCUGCUGCGCAUCUCGGCGGGCACCUCGCAGUCCGCACCGCCCGAGCCCUGCGAGCUGGACGAGGAGGAUAUCCACUGCGCCUGCAACUUCGUGGAUCCACAGCCCGACUGGUCCAGCGCCUUCCAGUGUACUGCGGCCGUCGACGUGAAGAUCCGAGCCGGCGGCCGCAGCCUGGAGCCGUUUCUGUCGCGCGUCGACCCCGAGGCCGACCCGCGGCAGUACGUGGACAUGAUCAGGGCUCUGCGCGUGCGGCGGCUCACGCUGGGAGCCGCGCGGGUUCCUGCUCCGCUCCUGUUCGGCGUGCUGCGGGCACUGGCGUACUCGCGUCUCAAGGAGCUGACGCUGGAGGACAUAGAAGUCACCGGCGCACCGCCGCCCCCGCCUCUGGGAGCCUCCGGGCUUGGGAUCUCCACCCUGCGCCUCCGCAACGUGUCUUGGGAGGCCGGCGGUGCCUGGCUCGCCCAGCUGCAGCAGUGGCUCAAGCCGAGCCUGCUGAAGGUACUGAGCAUUGCCCAAGCACCUUCGUUGGCCUUUGUCUGCGAACAGGUCCUUAGUUUCCCAGCCCUUACCUCCCUAGACCUGUCGGACAAUCCUGGGCUGGGUGAACGCGGACUGGUCGGGGCGCUUUGUCCCCACAAGUUCCCGGCCCUCCAGGAUCUGGCGCUCCGCAACGCGGGGAUAGAGACGCCCAGCGGCGUGUGCGCUAGGUUGGCGACGGCUGGGGUGCAGCCCCGCACCCUGGACCUCAGCCACAACUCGCUGCGCGCUACCAUAAACGCUGGCGACCCCAAGUGCGUCUGGCCCAGCGCGCUAAACUCCCUCAAUCUGUCAUUUGCUGGGCUGGAGCAGGUGCCCCAGGGACUACCAGCCAAGCUCAAUGUGCUGGAUCUCAGCUGCAACAGGCUGACUCGGGCACCGCGGCUAGAUGAACUGCCCACGGUGGGUAACCUGUCCUUGAAAGGAAACCCCUUCCUCCUCGCUGAUGCCGCCUUCUCCCAAGGGAACGCUAUGAACUCUGAGUCUAACGUGGCCCCAGCCUGUGCACGUUCACACCUGGCAGUGGGGAUGUCAGGAACACUGGCUGUGCUCCAAGGGGUCCGAAGCUUUGCCUAACCCAAGGGAAAAUGAAUGGCCUGAUUUGGGAGCACCAUCACAAUAACCAGCACUUCUUGAUCAACCAACUGUCUGCCUCACCUUUAUUAAAAUUUUAAACCACAA